AACAAGGUGACCUAACCAUCCUAGUAAGGCAGAUCGAAGACUCGGAAGGAAGGCAGGCCUCCGGCCAGUAUCAUCUCAGAAAUGCAGCAUAUUCUCAUAAUUUCCUCCUUUUGCUUGUUGGCAAUGGCUUUCCCCAAUAUGCUCAACGCAACCAAAAAUGAGUGCAAAGAAUUGAAGUGCCGGGAUGAUGGCCCGGGUAUCCAUUUCCCAUUCCUGCUCAAAGAUAGACACCCACAUCACUGUGGGUAUCCUGGGUUCGUCGUUUCUUGCAAUCAGAGAGAUGAGACAGUCCUUGAGCUGCCACAAAUUCCAUUCAACUUCGCUGUCAGAAGCAUAGAUUAUAGGUAUCAGGAAAUCGAACUAUACGACCCAGAAAAUUGCCUGCAGGUGAAGCUUAUAAAAAUUCAGAACAUGUCAACCCCGCCCUUCGUCUUACUGUACCCUAUGGAUAUUACCUUGUUCAAUUGUUCUUCAGUUAUACAAGACAACUCUUAUAUGGCUCUCAGCUGCCUUAGCAGCCCCGGCCACCAAAUAUAUGCCGUUAAUUCUGACUUUCCAAUUGAUCAUUUCCUACAGUCUUGUACGAAGAUGUACAAUGUUUUAUCAGUUGCGUCAGUAAAUCAGGAUUAUGUUGUGGGAAAUUGGUCUACCCCAAUGUGUACAGAAUGUGAAGCAAGGGGAAAGAGGUGUACAUUGCGAAAUAAUUCGACCAUAUGCAUUGAUCGGCCAGCAAGUAAAGGUUUUUCCUUUUUAGUACUCUCUCCCGUUUUAAUUUCUAUGUUUUACUUGUCUUUUACAGGUAGGAAAACGAAACUAGUAGCUACAGGUGCCACCUUAGGUUCAUUUGUUCUUAUACUAUUCAUCCUUGCAGUCCACCGCAUCUAUCGCUAUGAUAGAGAUGCAAAAGAGAAUCGAUUAAAGAUUGAAAGUUUUUUGGAAGAUUACAAAGCUCUCAAGCCAAGCAGAUAUUCCUAUGCUGAUAUUAAGAGGAUUACAAAUCAAUUCAAGGACAAGUUGGGCGAAGGAGCGUAUGGAACUGUUUUUAAAGGAAUGCUUUCUUCUGAAUUUUUUGUUGCUGUGAAAGUCCUCACUAGUUCCAAGGGAAAUGGGGAAGAGUUCAUUAACGAAGUAGCAACUAUGGGUCAUAUCCACCACGUCAACGUGGUUCGCUUAGUUGGCUUCUGUGCAGAUGGAUUUAGACGAGCUCUUGUUUAUGAGUUCUUGCCCAAUGGUUCACUACAAGAUUUACUUUCAUCAGAAAACAAUAAGAAUAGUAUCCUUGGUAGGGAUAAGUUGCAUGAUAUAGCUCUAGGCAUAGCCAAAGGAAUUGAAUAUCUUCAUCAAGGGUGUGAUCAACGAAUCCUUCAUUUUGAUAUCAAACCCCAUAAUGUCUUGCUAGACAACAACUUCACUCCAAAACUCUCUGAUUUUGGUUUGGCCAAGUUGUGUUCUAAGGAUCAGAGUUUAGUGUCAAUGACUACGGCUAGGGGAACCAUGGGGUACAUUGCACCUGAAGUGUUCUCCAGGAACUUUGGAACAGUGUCUUACAAGGCAGACGUCUAUAGUUUUGGAAUGCUAUUGCUUGAGAUGAUACAACAGAGAAGGAAUAUUGGUGCAACGACCACAGAAAACACCGACGAUGUUUAUUACCCUGAAUCAAUUUAUAAUCUUCAAGAAGGCGGAGAAAGUACAGAAAUUCACACUGACCGUGAAGGAGAUAUCAAAACAAGACUUGCAAUCAUAGGGCUCUGGUGCAUCCAGUGGCACCCAGUGGAUCGUCCUUCCAUGAAAGUGGUGCUUCAAAUGCUGGAAGGAGGUGAGAACUUAACAAUGCCCCCAAAUCCUUUUCGCUCUACAAGGGAUACUACAGGAGUAAAUGCAACUGAUCGUGCAAGAAAGUUAAACCUACAGUUAGAAAGAAUUGUUGAGUUGGAGUAAAAUGUGAGUUAUUGUUCACUUUUCAUGUCUUGUGGUUAGUUCUUGUGACGAAAGAAUAUUCCAAUAAUACACGAAUUAGUGCAAACUAAACUUUUAAGUUUUUUAUUU